GGAGGGGUGUGGGGAAUUGCUCAUUACACCCUCCCCCUCCCGAUCGUGAGUUGAGGCGGCGGCUCCUCCUCAACAACCGGCACCGACUGAGAGACCCGGGGAGCGGCGGAGCGAGUACCACCACCAGCGGGAGAUAUGGCAGCCAUUCGGAAAAAGUUGGUUAUUGUUGGAGAUGGUGCUUGUGGCAAGACAUGUCUUCUAAUUGUGUUCAGUAAGGAUCAGUUCCCUGAAGUUUAUGUACCAACUGUCUUUGAAAACUACAUUGCAGACAUUGAAGUGGAUGGCAAACAGGUUGAACUUGCACUCUGGGAUACAGCUGGACAGGAAGACUAUGAUAGACUCCGACCACUCUCCUAUCCUGACACUGAUGUUAUUCUAAUGUGUUUCUCAAUUGAUAGCCCCGACAGCUUGGAAAAUAUUCCUGAAAAAUGGACACCUGAAGUGAAGCACUUUUGUCCAAGUGUGCCUAUAAUUCUAGUUGGAAACAAGAAGGAUUUGAGAAAUGAUGAGAAUACAAGAAAAGAACUUGCAAAAAUGAAACAGGAACCUGUGAAGCCAGAAGAAGGACGUGACAUGACCAACAAAAUUAGUGCUUUUGGCUACAUGGAGUGCUCUGCCAAAACAAAGGAAGGAGUUCGGGAAGUCUUUGAGAUGGCCACACGUGCUGCAUUACAAGUCAAACACAAGAAAAGACGCAAGUGUGUGCUGUUGUAGGAUCUGAUGCAUACUGUCGCAUGUACUGUAUCAGCUGUAAUAACAUUUAUCAAACUUUUUACACAGUAUAUGGAGACUUUCCUCUUGCUUCCCCCUCGUUUCCAAAUGGCUAUUUUUCAAACACUUCUAGUCUGAGCCUUUUUGACUUGCUGUGUAAUGCUUACUAUCUGAAUAGUGGUGAGAGGAGUCUAGUGUUGACCUGAGACCAUGAACACCAGCACCUCAUGACAGUGGGUUUAAGUACUGUACAUUCAGGGGGUGAGGGGGAAACUUAGUACCAUUUGGGUAUCUACAUUGUUAUAAAACUCAUAAGAUAAUUAGUGUCAAAUGACUUUUCUGCAUAGUUCCAUUUAACUUGAACAUUUGGUACAGAGCAUGAAUUAGUUUGUAUAAUCAUCUUCUGUAACCUGAUCACUUUAUUUGCUGAAUGAAUUAUUUCUCUACAUUCUAAGUCUGUGCUGCUGUUUUUAUUUCCAUUUUUCUAAGCAUUGCAGGCCAAACUGGGAGUAGUGCUAUAGACUCCUGUGAAUGGUAGUGUAACUAGCUUUUGUAUAAUUGCAUUCUGUUAAGCAACUUUCUUUUGUAGAUUUAUUGUAUUGAGAUUCAACUUUGUAUUGAAGCUCUGAUUUGUAUAAAAUGCUAACUGUCAACCUUUUUUAGUGAUUGUAAAACCCCAACCUAGCUAAGGGUUCACAUUAUUGCAACCCUGCCUUCUGAAUUUUGUAAUUGUGCAGAAGUGACUCGAUCAGUUUCUUGCAAUUGCUCAGUGAAGCUCUGCUUCCUGUGAUAACAUGCUUGUAAUUCCUGACUCUAACUUAAGGCUGAAGCAGUUUUCCUGAAGAACAUUCCACAACUGUUCAAGUAAAUUUUAAUGUUGGUUGUCUGUAAGUUGCACAGCUAGUGUGCAUUUCUCUUCCCUGCCCUGUUAAUCACAAUUUUGUAUGCAAUAACCAAUGCUAUGGCUUAAAUGUAAAAUCAUUUUGCUUUCAUCCUGGGUUAUAACAUUUACACAGUUGGCACUUAACAAAUGUUUAAAAUAAAUUUAAUGGAACACUUUAAA